AUGAUCAGAGCUGUUCUCAACUUCUUUCGAGCUGGAAAACCAAAGCUAGAUGGAGUGACGGCUUCUACCGCUACCAAGCGGAGUUUUACAGAGAUACAGGACAAAGAUAAGUCUACAUUUGAUGCCCAGUUGGAACAGGAGAUUAAGAGGGCUAAGAGGGUACAGGAGGAAAAAAUCAAGCGACGCGAGAGAAACAAGAAAUCAAAUGCGAAGUCUGAGAUCAUCCGCGAUGGUGCUGGCUUCAAAUUACGAGCUUCAAGCACAAAUAAGAAGACAAAGAACCGCCAGUCGGAUCCUCCAUAUACUAUCGAAGUCGACGGCCCAUUGAGAAAAAUUGUACCUUACUAUUUUACUUAUAACACGUAUUGUAAACUGCGGUGGAGAGAUAGGAACUUACUAGACGUGUUUACCAAUGAGUUCAGAGAUCGACCAGCUGAGUAUUAUAAGAAGACUAUUGAAAGGGGAGCCGUUUUGUUGAACGAUAAGCCAGCUACCCUGGAAUCCAUAAUAAAGAAUGGAGAUUUAAUCACACACAAGGUCCACCGUCAUGAACCGCCAGUCACAUCUCGGCCAAUUGAAAUUGUUUUUGAAGAUAAUGACAUCCUUGUCAUUAACAAACCUAGUGGUAUACCAGUACAUCCAACUGGCCGAUACAGAUUCAAUACCAUUACAAAAGCGUUAGAGAAAGAGCGUGGGUAUGUAGUACACCCGUGCAACCGUCUUGAUAGGAUGACCAGUGGGUUAAUGUUCCUAGCUAAGACAUCGAAAGGUGCAGAUAAGAUCGGUGAUCAACUGAAAGCCAGGGAAGUAGAGAAAGAAUACUUGGCGAAAGUUGUUGGUGAGUUCCCCGAGGGGACCACUGUUGUAGACAAACCGCUGAAAUUAUUAGAGCCACGUCUUACAUUAAACGUAGUUUGUGAAGAAACCGACCCUGAUGCAAAACACGCUAGGACUAUAUUCGAGAGAGUCUCUGUAUCCAAAGAUAAACAGACUAGCAUUGUGAAGUGCAAGCCCCUCACUGGCAGAUCACACCAAAUUAGAGUGCAUUUACAGCAUUUGGGCCACCCUAUAGCCAAUGACCCAAUAUACUCAAGUCCCGAAGUAUGGGGAGACGGUAAAGACUAUGACGAAGUUAUCAAGAGACUAGACAAUGUGGGGAAAAGCUACCCAGCGGGAACAUGGCAAUUGCCGAGCUCCAGAUCAAAUGGGACCAUGCUCACUGGGGAACUAUGCCCAGAAUGUGAGACAGAACUAUACUCUGAUCCAGGGCCAAACGAUAUAGAGCUCUACUUACACGCAUUCAGAUACAGCACCAAGGAGGACACAGAACAACAGUGGUCAUACGAGACAAAACUACCUCAUUGGGCGAACUGA